UCGACGCGAGACUCAACGCAACGGCAAACAAAACGCGCGUUUUUUACACUUUGAAAAUAAAUAAAAUAAUUUCAAAACGCAUUCAAUUGGGAUACGGAAACCGUCGCGGUGAAUGCAGUCGCUGAGAUUUUCAAGAAUAUCUAAAAACCGAAACGAAAAUGCAAUUUUAAAUCAAACGUCAAUAACAAUGAGAUCGCCUUUAAUGUAACGCUUGCCAAACGCUCGAGUACGAAAACAAUAGCACGACGAUGUGCACUUAAAAAUUAAAAAUAAAUAAAAAUAAUUGUUAAUUAACUGGCAGCAACGAUAAUCGAACCCAUCGACAAGAGCCUCAACUAAGACGAGCUGUCGCAGAAUGUCCAGCAACAUUGUGCGACAGCCGCAAGAACGACAACAAUUUCUAGAGCUGCUGCUGCUGUUGCUGCUCCUGCUGCUGGUUCCCAGUCAGAGAGCCGGACCAGCGUCGGCGUAUGCCUGGUUCUACGAUGUGGACAGCGUUGCGAGCGUGACCAGCAUCAGUACCAUAACGGAUGUGCACAGCUUUAAAGUGCCCGACACGAGGAAUGCACACAAAUCGCAGCGAACGCAGCUGGUGCAGCAGUUUCCCAGCACUGACAGCCAGGGCAGUCAUCAUCAUCAUCAUCAUCAUGGCGGACGUGUGGUGCGUCGUCAGUUGGUGUUUGUGGCAUUGCUGCCGUCAGUGGAGUCGGACAACAAGAACGACUGCAUCAUGCCCAAGGUGCUGCCCGUGCUGGAGUUGGGCAUUGCGCAUGUGCAACGCUUGGGUUUCGUUGGCGGCGUUCAAAUUGAUAUUACACUGAUCUCACGUGACACAUUUUGUUCCUCUACGUAUGGACCGUUGGGCUUCUUUGAGAUCUAUACACAGUGGCCGGAGAUGAACGCAAUCUUUGGUCUGCCUUGCGAGUACGUGCUGGCGCCAAUCUCCCGUUAUGCCGAUGUCUGGCAGAUUCCGUUACUGACGACCGGAGGCAAUGCCGGAGAGUUUAGUAAAAAGACGGAGAGCUACUCAACUUUGACCCGGCUUAAAGGCGCCCAGGUCAACAAUCUGGGCAACAUGGUUCGCGCCAUUUUAAGCACCUACAAUUGGACACGCACAGCCCUCAUCUAUCAGAACGAGAAUGCUAAAAUAAAGGGCAAUUCGGUGUGUUUCCUGUGCCUGGCGGCAAUACAUGCCACCAUCGAGAAGGAGUCGGUUUAUCAACUCGGCUUCGAUACUGCGCAUUGGACCAAGGCAUAUAUCAUACGACUGCUCCGGAAUGUGGCCAUGCGGACAAGAAUUGUUAUUAUGUGCGCCGAUCCGCAGUCCAUACGUCAAAUUAUGCUGACAGCCGAGGAGUUGAAUAUGAUCGAUAGCGGCGAAUACGUAUUCAUCAAUAUUGAAUUAUUUUCGCGAGUGCCAUAUAUGACGUCGCUGCCCUGGUAUGAUAAGAACGACACCGAAUACAACAAUGAACGCGCCAAGAAGGCCUACACAGCCAUGUUGACCGUCACGCCGAAGCAGCCCAAUGACGACGCCUACACAAAGGUAUCUAAUGAGAUCAAAGACAUCGCCUCGGCAAAAUACAAUUACACGUUCAGCGAGAAUGAACCAAUUUCGGCAUUCGUAACCUCUUUCUUUGAUGGCGUGCUCCUCUACGCGAACGCUCUCAACGAUAGCAUCCGUGAGGAUCCCAGCAUGCUCACAAGACCCAUCAAUGGCACCGAUAUGGUGCGACGCAUGUGGAAUCGCAGCUUCACUGGCAUUACUGGCAACGUGACCAUCGACUCGAAUGGAGAUCGCAUCUCGGCAUAUUCUUUGCUGGACAUGAAUCCCAGCACCGGCAGAUUUGAGAUUGUCGCACAUUUCCUGCACAAUCGUCUGGAGUUUGCAUCAGAAAAGGAAAUACACUGGGCUGGAGGUCGUGAACAGGCGCCACCCGAUCGUCCAAUCUGUGGUUAUGAUGGCUCGCUAUGCCCGGACAAUUCUCUGCCUGGCUAUGCCAUUCUUUCGAUCAUUCUUGGCAUAAUGGUAAUCGUUAUGGCCGUAUGCUUCUUCUUCGGCUAUCGACAUUAUAUUGCCGAGGCCGAGAUCAAUUCGAUGAGCUGGAAGGUUUCAUUGGAGGAUGUUAUGUUUCGAGAUGCUGCAGAUCAUGGCAUGCGCGGUUCCUUUCAUUCGCUGGUCAAGCAGAGCUCCCAGCUGACGCUCAUGUCGGAGGACAUGGGCUCUAUAAAUGGUGAUCGUCAGAUCUUUAUACCCGUGGGCAUGUACAGGAAAAGUAAGGUGGCCAUCAAGCCUAUAGAGCUGGAAAAUGUUCAGGGUAUACUGUCGCGCAGUCUAAUGCUGGAAUUGAAGCGCAUGAAGGAUUUGCAGCAUGAUCACUUGGUCAAGUUCUACGGCGCCUGCCUGGAUCAGCGUCGCAGUUUUUUGCUUACCGAAUACUGUCCCAAGGGUUCGCUGCAGGAUAUACUGGAGAACGAGCAGUUUCAGCUGGACUGGAUGUUUAAGCUAUCGCUGAUGCACGAUAUUGUGCGGGGCAUGCAGUUUCUACACAGCUCCGAUAUACGCUCCCACGGCAAUCUCAAGUCCUCCAAUUGCGUGGUGGACUCACGUUUUGUGCUCAAGAUCACCGACUUUGGGCUGCAUAGCCUGCGGCGCACCCAUCACGAUGUCGAGAGCGAUAUUGACAACUGCAAUAGCCAUGCCUACUGGAAAAAGCGCCUAUGGACCGCUCCUGAACUGUUACGGCUUGAAAAUCAACGUGCGCCCGAAGGCACACAGAAGGGCGAUGUUUAUUCAUUUGGGAUCAUAGUGCAUGAGAUAACCACACGGCAGGGCCCCUUCUAUCUGGGCAAGUGUGCCCGUGAGAAGACCCCUCAAGAGAUCGUUGAACUGGUUAAGAACUACCAACCGCAACUGAAUAAGCCCUUCCGUCCAGAGCUGGAACCGUGCGGCGAUACCAAGGCGGACGUUAUUGGCAUCAUAAGACGCUGCUGGGCCGAGGAUCCGCUGGAGCGGCCCGACUUCAAUACGCUCAAAUCUAUGAUAAGGAAGUUCAACAAGGACAACGAGACUGGGAAUAUUGUGGACAACCUGCUGAAACGCAUGGAAAUGUAUGCCAACAACCUGGAGGAACUUGUCGAGGAGCGAACUCAGGACUAUCUGGAGGAAAAGAAAAAGUGCGAGAAGCUACUUUAUCAAUUGCUGCCACAGAGCGUUGCUGCUCAAUUGAUUAGUGGCCAGCCAGUGGUGGCCGAGACCUUUGACCAGGUGACCAUCUACUUCAGCGACAUUGUCGGCUUCACGGCUAUUUCGGCAGAGAGCACACCCAUGCAAGUAGUUCAGUUCCUUAACGAUCUCUAUACCUGUUUCGACUCGAUUGUGGAGAACUUUGAUGUGUACAAAGUGGAAACCAUUGGCGAUGCCUACAUGGUGGUAUCCGGUCUGCCCAUACGCAACGAGAACUACCAUGCUCGUGAAAUUGCGCGCCUGGCCCUGGCACUGCUCGAGGCGGUGCAUAACUUUAGGAUACACCACAGACCAGACGAUCGAUUGAAGUUGCGGAUCGGGCUGCACACGGGCCCAUGUGUAGCCGGUGUUGUGGGCCAGAAGAUGCCGCGUUAUUGUCUGUUUGGCGACACUGUGAACACUGCCUCCCGCAUGGAGUCCAAUGGUGAGGCACUGAAAAUACACAUAAGCGAAACGACCAAGUUGGCGCUGGACGAGUUUGGCAGCUUUCUGACGACGCGACGUGGCCUGGUGCCUAUGAAGGGUAAGGGUGAAAUGUUGACAUAUUGGCUAGAGGGCGAGGUGCCCAAGCCGGAUGCACUCAUAUCUGCCAACAAGCUGAUGCUAACGAGACGCUCGUCGCUUAAGCAACCGCAGCGUCAGACGCAUACCUUCUACAAACAAUACUCAGAGCUGGGCGUUAUGGGUACAUUGGCUGCGGCAGUGCCAACGAUAGCUCUGCCCGCUGCUGAGAAGGAAGCCUCACCCGAUCUUCGGGUUAAGCGCAAGAUUAGCUCCAGUUCGCCCAAGCUAAAUGGCAGCUGCUUUGAGCAUAAUCCGAAUCAAAAGACUGAGCCCAACAAUUACUAUUUGGCUGCUGAACAACAACAACAGCAACAGCAGCAGCAGCAGCAGCAGCCAUGUGAUAUCUUUAGCAGUCGUUCGCUCCGCAGCAUGGAGGCAGGUAGAACCAGCUCGGAUGCAGCUGAAACCGAUUGCUGGGAGCUGGCCAAUUUUCGUCUACCACUGAGCGGUGCGCUGAAGAAUCACCACAGUAACCACGGCCAACAUGCACACUCCAACUCCAAUUCCAAUCUGAUUGGCAUUCUGCAGCCUGCGCCGCAGGCUAGGAGCCGCCUAAAGCCAUCCCCCACGAUCUCAACAUUGUUGAAGAGCAGCCGCAGCGAUGCCUCCGACACGCCGGAAACUGGCAGUACGGGCAGCGGACAGCGGAUUAAGUUUGCCGAUUGCGACGAAACGCCGCUGCUUAGCAACAUGACACCACCGCUGCCCGCCUCGACGCCGCUCAAUCUGGAGCGCAAUGGUAGCAGCUGCAGUAAUCAAAACAUUCCAAAUCUAAGCAGUGAUGAUCCGUAUGGCUAUCUAGUCAAGAACUAUAAGCAGCUUCUCUGCAAGCCACCAACUGUCUCGAAUAGCCAUGUUCACGGACAUGACCUCUCUUUGGCAGAAGAGUGUCCAAGGCCACUGGUGACGGCUCGUGGUGCCACUAGUGGCGCCGUGACGCAGCCACUCCUGGCUAAAAUCAACUCGUAGCUGUAAGCAUAGAGACUCAUUGCCCCGUCGUCGGCAAACUAUCCGGCCCAAUGGCCCAUCUCUAGUACCUACUCGUAAUGAUGCAUAUUAAGUGUACUUCUUUGUGAUAUAUAAGUUAAAUCCCAGUUGAACAAUUUAGUUGAUAGCCAAUUUAAACGUGUACAUUUUUAACCACGAACUAUGCCCGCCAUUUAAGCACACUUAAUAUAUAUUCUCAACUUUUAUUGGACGGUCCUUAAACUAAAUACUGUAUACAUUGUACUGUAACUCACGAAACCCACACUAUAAGGUACUACAAAAAAAUAAAUAAUAAAAACUCAAAUUAGAAAAUGUAAUGCUUAAUAUAUUGCGCGUGUAGUGUAAAAAGCUUUAAAUGUAAUAAGUGAAUUCUUUAAAACUACAAUGCAAGUUCCAUAAAGCUUACAGUUUUUAACGAAUUGUUCAAAUUUAAUUUCUACUUCAAUAGAUUCGUUCUAGACGCUCAGAAGAAAAAACAAAAUAAAACAAACAAAAAACAAAUCAUUUAAACUGAUUUCCUUUUAGUUCAAAAAUUACGGAUCUUGAUUACUAUUAAUAUAAUUAAUUAUAAAUGUAAUUGUAAAGUAUUAAAAACGGUUUCUCUAAAGAAAUAAAAAAU